UUCACUCGGUUCAGAGUCGUCUGUGACCCGCGGGACCCUCAACACCCAGUUGGAGUGAAGGUCGUGCUCGGCUGAGCUGGAGGCCACUGAGGCAGGGCAGCAAAGAGAAAGCACGAGCGAUGCUGUGUGAAGGGAGACUGCUGAGCAUGACCUACGGUGAGACGGAAGAGAUGGACUCGCUGCCUCCUCCUCAGACUUUCCGUUGUGCUGGUGGGCAACCCAGAGCCUCCCUAACACCCAGCACUUCUGAACCCGCUCCGCUCGUCUCCUACAGCUCCUGGAAGGAAAUGGGAGACACAGAGAGCCUGAAGGCUUCAGUCGACCUGUACAUCUCUCCGCUUUCGACCUCAUCACAUCUCCAGGGCGUCUAUACGGGGAGGCAAAUAUCUGCAGACAUGGAAAUUCCCGCCCAGCCUCACCUUGACGGGGGUGACGCUGCCCUCUUGGUUCCCUCCUUCUGCCAGACCAUCUAUGAAAACUACAGCGACCUCCAUAUUGGGGGGGAGCAGGUGCUGCCUCUGUCAGCCAACGACGGCGAUUUGAGGGCGUGUGCUGAAGCGCAGGCCGUGAGGCCGUUCCUGCAGUCCUGCGAUGUCCCACUGGCGGUGGAGGACUCGCCUCCAGGACAGCGAGGUCUGCAGAACUUGCUCCAGAGAGGAUCCAACCACUGGAGGCAGGCGAGCGGCCGUGAUCGCAGCUUCUUGUUCCAGGGUCGCGAGGGCCCCUUCUCCAAUUCCCUGCUGAAUCAUUACCUGGAGCAGAAGCUCUUGGAUCUGUACCAGCAGUACAUGAUGGAGAACAUGGCGAGGGAGGGAGUUCCCGGUCCAGAUGGCGGGGCCAUUUGCCCACUGCUGGGUUCGGAGCUUGUUCUGACUAGCAUUGACCAGAUCACCCAACAGCUCAGCCGGGAGGGCAACCUGGAGGCCGGCCUGGCCAAGGACAUGGUUCUGAGCUGCUUGCUGCGGGUGGCCAGCGACCUGCAGUCGGGUGAGAUCAGCACGCCCUUCCUGCAGAUUUCAACCGAGGCCUCCGGGGAGCAGCUCACAGAGAAUACGCAAGAAUAACCACAAAGCUGAAAAGCUCACUUUCUCUUCUCCUUUACAACUAAGUUCGCUUAUUGCUGGUCUGGAGAGUGAAAACCUACAAUAGACGUAGAUAAGCAGCUUUCCACGUGUUGCGUUUGUCUUUCUAACUGUCAAUAAACGGGAAAUGUAAACUGAAA